AGAUCUUGGAUCAAUGACCCACUUCCAGUCUGUCCCUUUUGGAUAAGAAUCCCAAUCCCAGUGAAAACAGUAAUCAGCCUGAACCUACCAUGGAUUUAACUCCUCUGCUAUAACUGCAAAGCUAAUAUCUACCUAAGAAGGGAUGAUUGACCUUUAGCCAAAGGGAGGCAGGGCAAUGGAGUCCUCUGUAACAGCUACAUCAACCAGCCGCCGAGGUAUACGUUACAGAUCGCUGGAUGAACUGAGUCUUUACCAAGAAUUAGCUGGCUCCCCAGUGAUCCCCAAGGGACAAUACAUAGCGGACAACCUGAGGAAACAAGGUUACUAUGUCCUGCCACCUAACACAGCGUAUUCACCACCCACAGAGGGCUAUCUUGUGGAAGUGGACUUGGAAAAAAGAGGGACAGGAAGCUUAGGAUUUUCCCUAACAGGUGGCAGUAAUGGCCACUCAUUUCUAAUCAAAGCAAUUUCCCCUGGUAGCAUUGCCGACCUUGAUGGAAGACUUCAAGCUGGAGAUAUUUUACUAAAGGUGAAUGGCAAAUCACUAUUGGGUCAAUCACGAAAGGCAGUUACUGAUCUUCUUCGUCAGACUUGGGGCAUCGUCAGGCUCACUCUCUGUCGACGUACUGAUGUGAAUUCAUCUCAUUACAACCAUGGAUACAACAAGAUGUUUUCACGAAGGAAAGAUAUAGCUCUGCCCGGUAGGUCAUAA